AUGAGGAUGAAAAAGACAACUAAAAGGACCAACCAGAAUACCACUACACCGGGGAAGCGCGCAAUGGCGAAAGAUGUAGACACUACUGGUGCAACCGCCCAGAGGAAGAGUAAAAAAAAUGAAAAAGCGAAGAAGGGAAAAAACAGUGGGGAGAACGACCAAGCAGAGAAUUUCAACUACAUUAACAGCUACCUAACGGAAAUAUUUGAGUUGGCAAAAAGUGACGACUCGGUGUCGUCCAAAGGGGAUGCUAAACUGAAGGGUGCCCAUAAAAAAGGUAGCGAACUUGGUGAAACCAUUUCGCGCCUGCACACAAAAAGUAACAGCUUGAACGUCGAGUGGGAGCAGGACAACACGUACGAGUUUGAGACGAUGGAGAGUGGGGGUUAUCCAAAUGGGGCCCCACAGUUAGGGGAGGCAGGAAACGCGGUGGAGGUAGCGGACGUGGUGAAGUUAGCGGACGCGGUAAACGGGGGAGAAGCCACCUCAGGAGCGUCCUUCAGCGGUGGAUGCGGCGCGCACACCUUGAGGCUGAAGAAGGCUCUCGCGAGCGGGGACGAACGGGACUACAACAUAUACGGGAGCAAGUCGCUGUUUAACCACUUUGGGUCAUUUAACAGGAAUGGCAAUGCAGAAGUUUGGUCAACGAAUGAUCAAGAAAAUUACAAUUCCCCAAAAGGUAAGAGUGUGCAAAAUGGGGUAGGCAUGAAUAUGGCCCAGGGGAGAGGCGAUCUUCCCAUCGAUGACCUUCUGCGGGGAGGAAACUUCCACAUGUUGGAGGAGGGCGCCUUUCAUAUGGGUGGAUCUUCAGGGGAGCAGGAGAGCGAUGGUGUUACUGUAGACCUCCUGCUAGAGAAGCUGGGUUGUAGUAGCGGACACGUCGGCGGGGUGGAGCCUGUCCAGACGGGAAAGCCGCAGGAGCUGAACAAGAAUCUGCUCCAACUUCUCAGCAGCAGCAAUAGGGAGUUCGUUUGCGACUAUAUUAGGAAGUAUCGAGAGAUGGGGGAACGCGGCGAAGGGACAAGCGAUGAGGGACGUAUGCAAGGGCAAAAUGACCCCCGUUUUGAUGGCUACGAGAAGGGGAAAAGCGUGUGCUUCGACCUUCCCACUUCGGAGAGCAGUAUCAUGCUGAACGGUCAUUCCACAGAGGUGUAUGUGAAGAGCGAUAGGGGUAGCGAAGCAGGGAAUGGUUCCCAAUUGGAAAGCUCCAGAUCGAUCGGGGAGAAUACCCGUCCGUCGGGCGAAGAAAGAGUUGAAAGAAGCGGUGGCAACGUAAAUCAGGACAACUGCGUGGAGGACGGACUGGGGGGGAUGGCCCAUCCUGCUCACACGUACGCGGAGGAGUACAAGGAGGGAGGCUACGAACAGACCGAUUCGAAUGCCCCAAGUUUGUUUUUCACCCCCGAAUGGGUUAGAACCGACCAGGGAGAAACGUGCAUGCAAGGGGGAGGUCUCGAGAAGGGGGGCAGUGAAGGGAAGAGAGGUACCGCCACUCCUCCUAACCAUGUCGCACCUGCAGAUGAAUGGAAUGCGAAGACUCCCUUAGUUGGCCCCAAUGUUAAGGAGUGCACAACAUCAGAGCUAUACAAUAACCUGUUGGAACUACUAAACGAUGGGUCUCAAAAUGUUAAGGUGGAUGACAUGAACCACGAAAUGGUGGUGCACGCAGGGGAGGGCCUCAUUAGUGGCGAGACUGCCGCGUACUACCACGGGGAUAUUCUAAAACAUUUGACACUUCAGGGGGGGAGGGAUUCCCAUCUGGAUGACCUCCACAGUGGUGGCAACCACACAUUUACACAUCGGCCCAAUUACGAAGAAGAGGGGAUCUAUGCAAAGGGGUUAAGUGGCGUGGGUGAUGAUGCAAAGAGGGGCGAAGUGGAAAGAGGAGUUACCAUGGGGAACAUCAGCAGUGCGGCCUUACCAGGGAAGAGCUACUUGAAAUACCCCACUGCCCCCUUUCCCAUUUUGCAUAAUAAUUCACAGGGUAACUUUCGAAGUGGAGGACAGUCUACACAUGGCUCACCGCACACCGUUGCUAAAAAGAAGAACGUCCUGUUCGAAGCGUUGAAAAAUAAAAUAGGGUUUCUCCUAGACAACGAGGAUGAUGAGGUGCUGCUUAGUCAAUACAUCACGGAUGCUAUAGGUGAGUAUAACAGGAGCAAAUGGGGAAGGGGCGCCAGCGGUAGGGGAAGCAUGCAAGUGGGUCGUCCGUCAUUUGGGGAAGGCGCAGGAUUGGUGUAUAACCCAAUUGGCGGAGCGCCCGAAAUUGCCGCUGAAAUGGGCCUACAAAAUCGCCAUACCGAGCAGAGCAUCAAAGAUAGCAUCCAUAAGAGUGAGACGAGUAACUACCAUUGCAGUGGAGCAGCUGAGCAGCUGAGCGAAGUGGGUCGUCUCCCUGGCCAGCAUCAUCGCCACAAUGCUAGUUCGCUCCUGGGGAGGGCCCACACCGACACGUAUAAUGAUCGAUACUCACAAAUGGACCGCGUCAGAGGUGGGUCUCCCCCUCAGGGUGCAGCGUUCGCGGCGAUCCGUGAGGACAGCUGGAGGGCGGACAACUUCGGUGGAGGCAGGCCGCAUGUCAGGAACGGAACACAAAGGAGCAGCAUCGCCAAUCUGAGGUUGUUCCUGGAGAGCAGUUUAGCGGUGAGCAACGUCAGCAAUUCGAGGGAGGCGAUAGUUGGUGCAGGGUUAGCGGUGGAGGCGGGUACCCCCACGGGGCACGCCAUCGACUAUAUCAAUGGAAACACUAGCAAUUACACCAGCGGGCACACCGCCUGGAACACCAUCGCUCAGCGUAAUGGCCUUGGCAAGGGCAGCCUCCGUGGCGAUUCCGCGUUUGGCCCAAAUGGGGACGCCGCCAGGGGAGGAUGGAAUGUUGGACCCGUCUCUUCUGCUUUGCCCGUCCCGAUCGCCACGUCAGACGCCCCCGUGAAGGCGCUAGACGGGAGAAACUCCGCAAACGUGGGUUCUUCCCACCGGGGGGACCACUCCAUCGAACGGGGAGAUGCCAUGUGUGGGCAUCUCAGAGCAGCUUCAAAGGAAGAGAACAACGAAGAGGGCAAAGAAGAGAACGACGAAGAGAACAGCGAAGAAACCAGCUACGCGCAGCUGAGGAAAUUAAAUGAAAAUUUGUUUUUGCUGAGCAGAAGGAAUGGCGGCAGCCUCCGUUGCGGUGCUUUGUCGAGGGUGUCGCAGGCGGGGAGUGCAGUACGGGAUGGCUCUGCGAAUGGUUACGUGGCACCACUGCCCGGGGGAAACAGCCUGAUGAGAAUCCCCGAAGGUGAGCAUCGUGACGACGGCUUGGCCCCCAAGGGGGACAACUCCUUCCUGAAGAGGGGCUCGGCCAAUCUGACGAUGCAUCGGGCAUUUGGUGUCGACCGUGUCAGCGGUGUUGGCGUCGGAGGCGGCGGGAGUGACGCCCUCAGUGGUGCCGUGGGGUCCUUCCAAAAGGGGCACUUCAUAGACGAAGCGGCGGGGUCGAACUGGUCUAGCUGGAAUUUUAAGGGAAGGGAAAGGGACAUCGAGGAGGCGAAGAGGGAGGGCACCCUUUUUGGAGGCCGGAGGGGAGACCCGUCUUUGAGCAGCAGAGGGAAGGGCGCGUUCGAAGACACGGGAGAUAACUCCCUGUGGAAUAGGAACCUUGCCGCGAGCUCGUCGGCCGCGCGGGCCAGCUACAGUGGCUUCCUUAACCGCGCGAAUGGAGCCGCUAACCACGCGGAUCAUCUUGGGGGAUGCGCGCCCCCCCGCAGCGGCAGCGGUAUCGGCAGCGGUAUUAGCAUCGGCAUUGGCAUGAGCAGAAACAACCACGGUAGCAACGGACGAAUGGAUAGACCCAAGGCACAGGAAAGGCGAGGAGUGGCCAACACGAGGGGAAAGAAGAAAUCGGUGGAGGCGCGCGACCAACUAUCCGCACAAGACUUAAAGGCAUGCCUAUCGAAAGAGGACGAGCAGGACUUGGAGCAUCUACUAAGUUCCCUUUACGACGACCGAAUAAUUCCGCUGAUCAUCAAUUUGAAGGGAAGGGCAGACGAAUAUAACCUCCGCGACGUAAUAAAAAACAACAUCAGAAAUGCCUACGGGUUGUUCCCUGAGAAAUACACAGUGCAGGAGCGCUGCCCGUCUGCGUCAGCUUCUCCCACUGCUUCUACCGCUUCUUCCGCUUCCCCCACUGCUGACGACUGGUUGGUUUACUUUGUGCACCGAGCGGUGGACGCGGAUUACUUCUUCUCCAUUAACGAUUCGGUAGACAGAUACGACCCGGCCCUAUGGAAUCAAUUUGAGAAAUACUUAGGCGAAAUAGCUAGUUCGGAUGAUCCCCAGAUGUACUCUUUCACCGGGGGGAGGUAUGGCAUGGCGAAGGAGCUGCAAAGAAGGAAGCUGCCAUUUUUCCAGGGACUCUACUUGGGCCACCUUUGCCACAUUGUGCACAUCAGUGCCACUAGAAAAAUCAUUGCCUAUGAAAAUAACUUUAUAAAGCCUAUUUCUCGGUGCAGAAAGUAUGAAGAUGCGAAGAUGGGCCUUUUGAACACCCGGGGGGGUAGUGCACAUAACUACAUUGCCUCCAUGGAGGAGUUAAAAUUUUAUCUGGGCGCUAUUCUCUCGUCUUACAAGCGGGGCAUUAACAUCUCUACGUUGAAGGGCAAAAUCAUGAGCAACUAUAACAAGCGGCUGUGCGAGAGCGUCUUCCACUGCGUGAAGCUCGUGGAGCUGCUGCAGUUGGAGGAGCUGCGCGACGUCUGCGUGGUGGACCUGGACUCCCGCGUGCUCCGCGCCGCGGUUGCGGAUGCGCGGUGA